AUGGCUUGCUACUGCGAGUACGUACUGACGGCCAGCGGGAUCCUGAAGCUGUUCCAGAUGGUCGUUGGCGCUGGCAUCGUGUUCCUGCUGAGCGAAGGCCGCCUGGACGCCAACUGCUACCUGUCCAUGCGCCUGGACGCAUUCAUCCUCUUCAUCGCGUCCAUCGUCUUCUUCUUCAACGCGCUACUCAUACUCAUCUGCGUGCUGGUCGGCGCCCUGGAGAUUCCCGGUUCGACGGUGUACCGGAUGAACUACUUCCUGGCCACCUUCAUCCACGUGCCGACCAGCAUCGCGUACCUGUGCAUCGAGACGCGCACGGGCGUCUACGUCCAGGGCUCCAUCGCCGGCGCGCUGGGCAUCCUCAACAGCCUCAUGUUCCUCGCGAACGCUGUCAUGGCCUACCAUCCGCGCGUCGUCUGA